AUGGAGGCGUUUGAAACCUGUAAGUACAGACUGGCACAAGCAGCACUUCUAGCGCAUCCAGAUUCCAAGGCCGAGCUCGCGAUUCAGACAGAUGCAUCGGACGUGGCGAUUGGCGCUGUACUUCAACAACUUAGAGAUGGCAUAUGGGAGCCAUUAGCUUUCUUUUCGCGGAAGCUGAAUGCAGCACAACGAAAGUACAGCCCGUACGACAGAGAGCUACUUGCAAUUUACGAGGCAAUUCGGUACUUUAGGUACAUGGUAGAAGCACGUACUUUCAGCAUCUAUACUGACCACAAGCCACUUACAUACGCAUUCAGCACACGCAGGGACAACUGCUCACCACGUCAGUAUAGGUAUCUGGAUUACAUUUCCCAAUUCACCACUGACGUCAGGUUCAUAGCCGGCAGGGACAACGCAGUGGCAGACACUCUGUCACGAAUUGAAGAACUUGCCUUUGCCCCUUUUGAUUACCAGUCUUUAGCCCGCGACCAGGAUGCAGACACGGAGUUGCAGGACCUACUCAGAGAUGGUUCUUCGCUAGAUCUUCAGAAGGUAACAACUCCGCACUCCAACGUACCAGUCUACUGCGACGUGUCGACUCCAGAGCCUAGACCAUACAUCACGCCAGCGUAUCGGCGUCAGGUAUUCAGCGCUCUCCACAAUCUUAGCCAUCCUGGUGUUAAAGGCUCGGUACGGUACUGCCUCACAGCCGUCGACCGCUUCACACGAUGGCCUGAGGCGUACCCGUUGAAGGACAUCACGGCGGAGACCUGUGCAGCCGCAUUCCUGGCUGGCUGGGUUGCCCGCUUCGGUUGCCCUGAGCGCAUCACAACGGACCGCGGCCGCCAGUUCGAGUCGCGCAUGUUCCAGUCCUUGGCAAGUCUGAUGGGCACCGAGCAUCACACCACGACCGCAUAUCAUCCAGCAGCUAAUGGGUUAGUGGAACAUCUCCAUCGCCAGCUUAAGGCCGCCAUCACGUGCUACGCGUCACCAUCAUGGACUGAGGUGUUGCCAUUAGUACUACUUGGGAUCAGAAGCGCCUGGAAAGAGGAUAUCCAGGCGUCUGCAGCCGAACUGGUCUAUGGCGAGCCACUCCGCUUGCCUGGGCAGUUCCUGACUUCAUCGCCAGACCAGGUGGUUAACUAUGAGGACUAUGCCAGCCGGCUUGGUGCUCAUAUGGCAAAGCUAGUUCCCCAGCCGACGUCUCGCCAUGGAACCCGACCAUUCUACAUUCCCAAAGACCUCAAUACCGCCACGCACGUUUUCCUACGACAAGGUCCAGCAAGAAGACCUCUUCAAGCGGCGUACCUAGGGCCUUAUAGAGUUGUGAGAAGAGGGCCUAAAACAUACGUCCUGCAGGUGCAGGGUAAAGAAGUUACCGUUACCAUAGAUCGCCUAAAACCGGCUUAUAUGGCGAAGGAAGAGCAACCAGCACCUACUGAUGUUCCAGAUGAUGGCAGAACCAUCGAGCACGAUACCGAGAGAAGAACGAAGAGCGGGCGAACAGUCAGGUUCCCGGAUUACUAUCGCCCGUAG